AGAACUUUGGCACAAAAUGUCUGGUAAAAUGAUCAAUGUAGAUGUUGCUGGUAUGAAUAAUAGCCAGGAUCGAACCUCUACAUCUGUAGAGAAGCCUUCUAAAAAUGUACAUAAUGAAAGUGCAGAUAAGAUCAGAAAAGCAAAUAAGAAGUACUCAGCAGUAAAGCUAGAGUUACAGAACGACUCAGAAUCCAGCCCAAUGAGAAGAUCUCAAGGUCCAAAUUCUAAUUUGAGUCAUUAUACAAAUCCUCCAAAGCUUAUGAGAGGGAAGUACUCACCUAUGAUGACUCGGAAGCAAUCAUCUCAGGAAAGUCCCUUUAAGCUGAGUGAGUUGUAUAAAACCUAUGUCAACCAUAACAGGAGAGGUCGAAAGGAAGAUUAUUUUGGAAAACAAAGCAUGAACUCUAGAACUUCAAAUGAACCCUCCUUCAGCUUUGGGUUGAGUAAAAAGAAUCCAAACCAGAUAUUCAAUAAAAAUGAUAUGAAUGAAGUUAGAGGGAAAGAUUCCCCAGGAGUCGGCAAAUAUUCCUUACACAAUUACUCGCUCUCAAAUAGCGUCAUGAGAAAUAGAGGAUUUGCAAAGGUAUCUGAAAAUAGGUUUGAAGAGCAGAGACUAAGGAUUAAGAAGAAUAAGGACACUGCCCACACCUUAAUGCCAGCCCAAUUUCCUCCCAUAGAUGUUUUCAGGAAGAGAAUAGGAAGGAAGUCUAUUAGCCAAAAUAGGAAUUACUGAAAUCUAGUGUACAAUGGAUUUACACAAGGAAAGCAGUGCAAUUUCAAUAAAGCUCUAAGAUUUCAAAUCAAAGACAUUAAUGCCAACCCCCUUUUCAUUCUUAACAAUGAGGCACCAGGGCCUGAUAAUUUUGAGAUGCUUUGGUCUAAAUAUAAGAUGAAAAAUACUAAAAAGAAGGUCAAUGUACAAGAUAUUCUGAAGAAGCUGACCGCUACUAAGUAAGACUACCCAAGAUGUCAGCAAAUUCUCUAAAGUGACUGACUAGGAAUGAGCUAAGAGGAUUUUGAUAUCGAUUCAAU